CGUGUUUGUUAUUCAUCGGUAAGCGUUCGCGAAGGUGAAUCGGAUAAGCCAGAAUUCCUUUUAGACCGAAGUGAGCUCGGAUCGGACGGCGGAGUGCAGUGGGUGAUCAAUUUUCGAGCGAAGCGGUGCGUCGUCGUACGAAGAAAUAGAAGAAAUUCGAAACUCCUAAGACUAAAUCAUGGAUUAUUUCGCGGUCAUUUCUACGCUGGUUCUGGGCGCCCUGGCGUUCUACCAUUACGCCUAUCGUAAUUUCGAUUACUUCAAAAAAAGGGGAGCGCCGUUCGUUCCGCCGAUUUCUUGGCUCGGUAACCUCGGCAUGUCCGUUCUCGGUAUAAAACCGUUCGACAAGGUCGUGAAGGACAUUUACGACUACAAACCCGAGGCUAAAUACAUAGGAUUCUUCGACUUCAGCACCCCAAUCGUGAUGAUACGGGAUCCGGAAUUGGUAAGAAUGGUGAAGAUAUCGAACUUCGACAAGUUUUCCGACCACUUGGGGCUGCCCGAAGGAUCGAAGGACUUCUUUUUGACGCGCAAUCUCCUCGGGAUUCAGGGACAACGCUGGAAGGACAGCAGGGCGUUGCUGAGCCCGAUUUUCACUCGAAGUAAAAUGAAGAUCACUUUCAAUCUCGUCAAGGAACGCGCUCAAACUUUCGUCAACGAUUUGGAAAAAAUAUUAGCCACGGACGAGACCCGAGCAUUCGACAUGAUCGACGUAUUCGGAAAAUUCGCCAACGACGCCACGGUCCUCUCGGCGUACGGUAUAAAAGUCGACUCUCUCAAGGACCCGGAGAACGAUUUCUUCGUCAUCGGUAGGGAGGCAACCGACUUCGGAGGUUCCUUGGCCUUUCCCCUCUACCUGUUCAACACGUUCCCGCGAAUCGCCAGGCUCUUCGACGUCAGAUUAUUCAGCAACAGGAUCGACAAUUUCUUCAGAGGCAUCGUGAGGUCGGUACUGGCGGCGAAAGACACCGAGGGUAUCGUCGUAUCCGACAUGUUUCAGCUGCUGACUCAAACCAACGAAAAAACCAAAGAGUUGAAUUUGACCGAAGACGACAUGGCAGCGUUCGCCUUCGAAUAUUACCUCGGCGGUGUGGCGGCCUCGAGAUACGUGGCGAGCAACGUAGCCCACAGGAUAGCGGUGAAUCCCGAUGUCCAGGAGGAGAUUCACCGGGAGAUCGACACCGUACUCGAUCAGUGCGAGGGUGAGAUUACUUACGACGCCCUUCACGGGAUGGAAUACCUGGAUGCGGUCAUCAAGGAAACGCUACGAUUACAUCCACCGGUUCACGUAACCGACAGGAUUUGUAAACAGGAGUUCGAACUCCCGCCGGCUGAACCUGGAUUUGAACCUUUUAAGGUGGAACCCGGUACACAGCUAUGGAUGCCGGCCGGCUGUAUACAAAGUGACGUCAAGUAUUAUUCCGAUCCGGAUAAAUUCGAGCCCGAACGAUUUUCCAAUGCUAAUAAAAACACCGUUGAUCCCGCGACCUUUUUCCCAUUCGGAUUGGGCCCCAGAGUUUGUACCGGAUACGUGUACGCCUUGAUGCAGAUCAAGAUGGUAUUAUUCCAACUUAUGACAAAUUUCAAAUUUUCAACGUGCCGCAUGACCAAAGAUCCACUGAAAAUUUUCCAUUCGGGGAUACUCGCUACCGUACCAGACGGCGUUUGGCUCAAAAUAGAACCUCGAACUCCUCAGUGAGGGAUUACGAAAAUAAAUAUCAUAAUUUCUCAUCGGA